AGCUUGAAAUUGUAAAUUAUAUCGUGAAAGUCAUGGUAUUGAAAAUAUUGUGCGUGUAGCAGAGAAAUGGAGCGAAUUGUGUUGUGACAUACAAGGACUUACAUUUUGGCCAGGGGAAGCCCGAGGUUAACCGCCCGCCGUGACAUCCGCAUAUCAAAUGGUCGUGAUCGCGCGUUAUAACCUAUGUUGUGUAUGCAAUCUUCACAUCAGCUGAUGUAUUCGAUGUAACUGUGCGCAUAAUAGCUUUUUUUCAAACAAUUCAAUACACACGAAUUAUCGGAUACGCCGUCAUGGCAGAUCUCGCUUUGGGAGAGCUCAGUAGCGAUCAGACUGAAAAAGUUCUACAGUUUCAGGAUCUCACCGGUAUCGAGGACCUAUCAGUAUGCCGAGAUGUUCUGCAGAGGCAUAAUUGGAAUCUGGAAGUGGCAGUUCAGGUAUCGUAUCAUCACGAGAGUCACUUUCCAAUUUCAUCUUACUGUAGCGCUAUUUUGUGUAAUUGAACAAUUAAAUUUAUAUGAAGGCAGACCAUCUAUGUACGCACAGGACUCACGUUCCCGUCCGCCGCAAGUUGUAGAUGACAGUAGUUCAAGAAUUUAUUUUAGUUACCCUGGAAGCUCUGGUGGAGGUGGCGGUCUCUUGUCCUUUAUUUUUUCCAUGUGUUACAACAUAGUGAGCAGUAUCUUACAAUUAGUUUUGGCAAUAUUCAGAAGAAAUGUUAGACCCGUGGCUUCUGAUCCAGUGGAAGAUGUGGUCAGCUUUAUUAGGACUUAUGAGGAGCGUUAUGGUAAUGUUCAUCCAGUAUUCUAUCAAGGCUCCUAUAGUCAAGCUCUUUCGGAUGCUAAGCAGGAAUUAAGAUUUCUUUUAGUAUAUUUGCAUAAGGAUGAGGCACAAGAAGUUGAUCAGUGGUGCAGAAAUACAUUGUGUGACCCAGAAGUGAUUCGAUAUAUAAAUACACAUACUCUAUUCUGGGCAUGUAAUGUAAAAUCUGGUGAAGGAUACAAAGUUGCAGAAGCACUCAAAGCGGGUUCAUAUCCCUUCCUAGCACUUAUUGUGCUCAAGGAUAAUAAAAUGACAAUAGUCGGUCGAUUGGAAGGAGCACCAUCAUCCGCUGAUUUAACAUCACGUCUACAAGCAAUUAUAGAACGUAACGAAAUUAAUCUGAUCCAAACGCGACGGGACAGAGCGGAGCGUAACGCGGCGCAAUCACUCCGGCAGCAGCAGGACCGUGCUUACGAGGAAUCGUUACGCGCGGAUCAAGAGAAAGAUCGCAAGAGAGAGGAGGAACGAAGAGCGCGCGAGGAGCAAGAAGCUCGAGAGAAGGAAGAGUUGAACGCACAGGAAUUAGAAAUCCAACGUAUACGACUCGAGAAAGAGUUAACCGUUGGUAAAGUGCCUCUCGAACCGGAACCAUCUAGUCCCCAUGCAUGUCAUCUUCAAAUUAAGCUCGGGGAAAGAACGAUGAAAAGAAGAUUUCUUAUGACUGAUACAGUGAAGGAUGUUUAUCACUGGAUAUUCAGCCAGCCGGACUCACCAGCAAGUUUCGAGAUAACAACGAGCUUUCCCAGAAGAGUCCUCUAUCCUUGUAGAGAUAUUUUAACUCUGUGGGAGGCUGGCUUAACUCACCGAGAGGUCCUUCAUGUUAACGAUCUCGACGAUUAAUCGUGAUCGUUACUUUGAUACGACAUCCUUCAUAUUUUAAUGUCAUUCCAGAGAAGAAUGAUAUCGUCUUCAAAUAAAAGAUAACAUACACGCGCAUAUACACGUGCGCAUGUACACGUACACAUACACGUGUGUGUGUGUUAUACGUUCUAGUACUUCAUUUGAGAUAUAAGUUACUAAUACAGAUGCGGUUAUAAUGUGAUGUCACGAAAUAUACCAAAACAAUAAGAAUCAAAAAAGCAAAGCAAACUAUGUCUCUUACAUUGCAUCUUAUUAAAAUUACCAGUGUUAAUAAUAACUCGAUAUUUCUGUACGGCACGAUAUCGCGCACUCUAAAAAGAUGUUUUUCGAUGAUAAUAAUAAAAAAAAAGGGAAAGAA